AGGAGACGCUGUCGGUUGCCAGAGGCAACUUCACAGAGGCGCGACUUCCAAAGCUCUUAAUUUAUUAUUUUGGCAGGACAGAGACGAUCUACAAAUACGAUAAAGAAAAAGGAAUAAAGCAAUGCAAAAAGAUAAGGCGAAAGAAAGGGACCUUACAGGAACAAGCUCACAAACAGCGUUGUACUGGCAAAGAUCAAACCAGUGGCGAACAGUGCUUUUCGUUCAGAGAAGGAUAUUUUAUCAACACAUGCUGCCAAGAUCACAGCUGAAAUACAACAGGGUGAGAGGAAAGGUUAUAAUGAGGUGCUUAAUUUGUCUUCGGGUGAUCUUCAUAGUAUGGGGAUAAAACCCAUCACCUUUAUUCGUCAGGUACUUGCUGCUUGUUUCUAUCCUGCCCUUUUGCAGGAUGACAGUCUGCCUUUGGAUGUCAAAGAAAGAGCUAAAUGUCUCUUGAGAGAAUGUGAGGGUGGAAGUGUUGGCUCAUGCACAGAUUCGAGUGGAAUCGCCAAAAUCAAACAGGACGUUUCCAAGUUCAUUUCCAGCAGAGAUGGAGGAGUUCCUUCCUCACCUGAAAACAUUUUCCUCACUUCUGGCUCCCAGCGGGGUCUUAUGAUAAUACUGAAGCUGCUUUUUCAGAGCAAGGACUCAUCGUGUCAGACUGGUGUGCUUAUACCCGUGCCAUCCUAUGCUUCAUUUAAUCUGGCAAUGGCAGCACAGGGAAUUGUCAUGGUACCUUACCAGUUAUGUGAGGAGCAGGGCUGGACACUGGAGGUGGAAGAGCUUCACAGAGCGCUCCGUUCAGGCCGAACAACAUGUAAUCCCAUGGCGAUUUAUAUCUGCAACCCAGGAAAUCCAACUGGUCACAUACAGAGCAAGGAGUCAAUUAAAGAAGUGAUUCAGUUUGCUGCAGAAGAAAAGCUGCUCUUAAUGAUCGAUGAGGUGUACCAGAACUGUUUGUAUGGAGAGGGACCUGAGUUUUAUUCGUAUAAGAAAGUGUUAUCAGAAAUGGGCUCAACUGUGGAAGUAGUCUCCUUUAAUUCUGCCUCCAAAGGGUUCAUGGGAGAAUGUGGACUUCGUGGUGGCUACAUGGAGCUGGUGAAUUUUGACCCGACAGUUAUGCAACAUAUCCGUAAUUUUUUUUACACUGAGCCCAUCACACCAGUUGCUGGGCAAAUAGCAGUCGACCUCAUGGCCAAUCCUCCAAAGCCUGGAGAUCCUUCAUUUCCCAUCUUCUCUGAGGAGGUUGAGUCAACUAGAAAUACAAUACGUAACAACAUUCAUCGCACUCAAAAGUUUUUGGAUGAGCUGCCAGGGAUCAGCUGUCAGCCACUGAAGGGAGGAUUUUUUGUCUUUGCACGUCUACACGUCCCUCCAAAGGCAAUAGAAUGGGCCAAGAAUAGACAGAUGGAGCUUGACCUGCUUUACUGUUUGCAUUUACUGGAGGAGACCGGUCUGCAUGUGAGACCAGGCUGUGAAUUUGGACAAAAAAAGGAUACCCAUCACAUCAGGCUUUGUUUGGCAACUCAAGAGGAGAUGAUGGAAGAUGUUUUACAGAGACUGAAGACGUUCCACCUGCGCUUCAUGAAAGAGUUUUCUUAGCCAGUGCAGUCAUCUGACAAAUACAUUUCACGGACCAUGUAACACGAAGUAAAAACAUGUCCAUUUACAUAAAUAGAUAGUGGGUAGAAAACUGGUAAAGUUGCACUUUAUCCAAUUUAUCCAGUAUGUGCCAGUGUUUGUAAAUGAUUAGAUUUGAUCGCAACACUACUGUCACGUAUCAUUUCCUGUUGCAUAAGAAAAAUAUUUCUUAUGUAACAGAUUUCUGAGCAAAAAAAUGUUCCUGUCUAGUUUGUUUAAUGCACUAUUUAACCGAUUUCCCGUGUUUCCUUUGUGUAAUUCGAGUAACAAGUGUGAAACUAGUUUGGCCUGAAAUCAUUGUCAGUGCUAUACUUUAUAUAAAAUUUAGCUUUUUUAAGAAUUUUAAAGGCAAUCAUAAAAAUAAUCUUUAAUGAUAAAAAAAUCAUUUAUUUUCAAUAAUACAGUAUGAAAGUGCAAAGCUUAACAAUUCAUAAAGCUGAGUCUGUAUUUUAGGAGUCUGUAUUGUUGCUCUUAGAUGGUUAGAUGUUUGAUUCUUGGAACCACAAUUGUUGUUGAUAUUUGUAACCAACUAAAACCCCUUUAAAAAAAGUCAUGCAAAUUUCUUUUUUGUUUGAAAAAACAAAUCAGAUAAAUAAACUUUAAAAAAUCUUAUGGCACAGUUUAUUAAAAUGACAAUAAAAAUCCAUUACAGAAUUUACAAAGUUUGUGUUCAUAUAAAGUUAAAAUAAGCUUGUAGCCUUGUAUAUAUGUCAAUAUACUUUUAUAAUAGUGGUUGGAUUGUAUAAGAAAAAUUGAGCACACAUGAAAAUGGUUUAGUAACUACAAUUUAUAAAAUUCUCUGCUAUAUUUAGCAUCAUUACUCUCCUAAAACAAAGUGUUUUUGUUAAAAACAUUUAAUCUUUAGGUUUAUCCUGUUGUAUUCCCAUAAAAUCUCUGAAGAUUAAAUUUUCUCUCAAAACCUGGGAAAAUGCAAAUCUCUCUCUACACCGAAUGCAUAAUCAUUAAAGAGAGAAUCUAGGGGCGCUUCUUGCUGAAAGGACCUCCUUAUGCGUCCCAGAUGGUGCUCUCGGUUGGGUUAGAACUAAUGAAUGAAGAUCCAAGGCACUACUUCCAGUUCCAAAAUAUAAAAAGCCUUUAUUCAAAACAUGGUUUACUUAGAAAACAUUAAAAUAAUGACCCAAACACCUGACAUUUACAGGGGGAUCAAUAAUAUCACAAAUGGUCACACACAUCAUACAGUGUAAUAAUACUAAUUUUACAAAUAUGAAGUCAAAUCUAGUUCUUCAUUCAAACCAGGAAAAAUGUUAGCUUUUAAAGCUUGUAGAAGUCUUUGUAAUCUAUCACCCUUCCUGAUAGAUCCAGUCACAAUUUCCAAACCAAUAAUUCUUAAGGUAGACGGAGUGGAGUCAUGUGCAGAUGCAUAGUGUACUGCCAUGGGGUAAUCUUUGUUUUUUGUAUGGAUUGCAUUUUUGUGAUCCCGCAGUCUAUCUUGCAGUCUACGUUUAGUCUGUCCCACAUAAAAACAAUUACAAGGACAUUGAAGCCUAUAAAUUACAUGUGUACUUUUACAAUUGAUAAAGGAUCUAAUAAAGUACAUUUUCUUUGUGCGCAUAUUUGCAAAUGAUUUUGUUUGAAUUACAUUCUCACAAUGAUUGCAGUGGCCACACUUAAACAUCCCUUGUAUUUCU